AUGAAAACAUGUUCUUUUCGUAAUGCUAAGCCAUCAUUAUACAGCCAUCAUGGUAUCUUCUCUAUCCAUGAACCAAAAUCUCUCUAUGGUCUAAAACCAUGUGAACAAGUUACAUGUCGAUUUUGUUUUCCCAUACAGGAUGUUCUUAUUCGUGGUCGACAAAGUCAACCAGUUGUUCAAUUUUCAUCAGCACAGAAACAUCGUUUUGUCAAUGGAUAUGAAGCUAUUCUCAAUUGUCCAGUGACUUGUACUGCAAAGAAUAUCAUCUAUGCAUUGACAUGUCCUUGUGGUCAAUUUGAUUAUAUUGGAUAUACAUCAUUAACAUUGGAUGAACAACUCAAAUAUCAUCGUGAGCAUGGUAAUCGAAUCAUACAUGAAUUUAUUCUUGGUUCAGUCAAUAGUAGUCGUAUGCGACAACACACUAAAUCACAAGAAGAAUUAACAGCUGAUAAUAUGUUACUUUAUAAACAUUCAGCUCGGUGUUCAUAUGCUAUUCAAAUGUUUCUGGAUUGUAAUCCGCAAUAUUGGUGUUUUGUACCAAUGUCAACAAUGGAAGCAGAAACACAAAAUCUUAGAUCUGAUUUGUCAAGUGUUUAUACAGCUUUCGAUGAUCAAGAAGCUAGUACAUACAUGACUGAUUUACCUCCAUUACCUUCAGAAAAUCAUACAUUUUCGGUACAUCAACGUUCAAAACAAAUACAAUUAUUAAAAGAUAAACAUGAAUGUCUUAAACCUAAUUUGCAUCUUGAUCUUUACAAUGCUACAAUUAUUGCCGUGAUGCCAGAGGGAUAUACAGAAUUAUUUUAUCGAUUAAUCGAAGCAUUAUUUAUUACACAUGCACAAACCAAAUUAAAUACAUUGGGUCAUUUAGAUGGUAUGAUUGUUGAAAAUAACAAUUCUAAUGAUAUAAAUGCGCGCAUAGUUGAUGAUCGUCGUGGUAACUGGUGUCAAGAUCUUGUUCGUCGGCCUCCUAUGUAG